UGGUCAUGCAUGAAAUAUCUUGAUAAGUGGGGCAAUGUCUGUAAAAAAAAGGGACACAACCUGUAAAGUGCUGUCAAAACGCAUCGACAGAUCAUUGAGAACAUCGCCACCAAGAACUGUUUUUUUUUUGUCGCCAACUUGGAGCAACAGAAAGGGGAAAAUAUAAGCGAGAACCGAAGCUGCAGGUGCCGCUCAAGAAAAAGUACAGCGUGUGAAACUAGUGCCUGGGUAGCGGAGUAUCGCUCGCGUUACAACAACUCCGAACAAGACACAGGAAGACCAGUCCAUCAUGAGCACAGAGAACAAGUGACAUAAUAAAAUAACAACAACGGCGCUAACGAGACAGUGGCAGCACGAUGGUUGUCUCCAAAGUGAACAGUCUGCGUCGGCAUUGCCUGAACGUGUUCGUGUGGCUGAUGUUGGCGGGGCAGAUGCUUUGGGCAGGCCGCCUGGUUACCGAGGACACAUCCUGUAACUGUGAUGCCGUAGGGACCAGGUAUAGUAAAAGCAUCAAUACCAAGGGAGAUGGCUGGGACGGCAAAGGCAUGAGAAGGAUUUUUGAAGUGCCAGACAUGGAAGACUUUCCUGACAAAGAGGAAGCUCAGGUGGUUCUGGAAGAGGACCCCAGUCUUCUGGAGAAGCUUCCUGAUCGAGAAUUUGAUAAACAAGCCGUAGAAGAGAUGAGGACUGAGCUGUUGCAGACGACCGCAGUCAGGGAGUACUUGUACGCCACCAAGAAGAACCUCCCUCUUGGAGCCACCAUCCAUUUCUUUGAGGAAAGAGACAACACUGCGAACCAAAUUAUACCUCUUCACCACACCUUCUUCCAAGAGGAUAUGCAGUUGCCGAAUUCCACUAUGCGGAGGUGCAGUGUGGUUCUAAAUGGUGGAAUUUUGCGAGGAAGUCGGUGUGGAAAGGAGAUAGACUCGGCAGACUAUGUCUUCAGAGAUAAUCUCCCGCCGGUGACGUACCAGGCCAACCGUGGCAAAGACGGUGACUAUGUUCAACACCACGUGACUUAUUACAAUGACGUCGGCAAGAGGACCAACUUUGUCACAGCGAGCUCGUCUCUACUCUUGGAUUACAUCGGCCAGCUGGAAGAGAACGAUCUCGCAGUUUUCCUGAAGCGCCUGCAACAGUACAAGGAACCGGGAAGCCUCAUCUGGACUCACAUGUUCGAAACCGAGCAGAAGGCUCAGCAGAUGAUACGCAUUAUGAUCUUCCGCGGCGUUCUACAAAGACUGGGCGUGGUCGGUACCAUGGUAACGUCUCACCAGAGGUUCUUACAAGGUGUGCAGGACUUCUGGAGGGAGCUGAAUCUUAAGAGUCCCCGGGCGUCACAUGGUCUGAUGUUGACAGCCAUUUCCAUGGCACUGUGCGAAGAAACCCACCUUUAUGGUGCCUGGCCCUUCCCGAUGGACUACGAAGGCCGACAAGUACCUUACCGGUACUUCUACGGACACGACUCGGAGACGAUGCGGGAGAACUCUGAGUAUGACCUUCAAGAAGAAUUCGACAUUUUGCGAAUAUUUCACAAAAGGGGACUAUUGAAAUUACACAUUGGAGCAUGUGAAGAUUAAAUUGGACUAGUGAAAACGCCAAUCUAUUUUUUCAUCAUAUCACCUUCCCAUCUUUCUUUUAACGAAUAUAAAGAUAGAAUAUGGCAUUUUUUGCCAAUGUCAUCAAAGAUAGUGCUAUAACUUACACAUUGAAUCAUAGAGUUAUAGAAUCACGUCUUAUUUUGUGUUAUAAUUGAGCCAUCAGGAUAUUAUAAUUCUGACAUAGAUACUCAGGAAUAAAAUGAAUACGACAAUGUA